GACCGUCACACAGCAGAAGAAGAGUCGGACCGGAAGUUUAUCCUUCGAAGACGCAAGCAGCUAGAAAUCUCAAUUUUGAAGCUAAUUUUAAAUUUUGAAUAACAUUAAAAGAAAAGUCCACAUUUAUCUGGAUUUGCAAUCAGUUUCCGCAGUUCAGUAACAAUUACAGGAACAUUUUUGAUGGCAGGAAGCUAACGCUUCCUGGUAACGCUUUGGGGAAAAUGCCUACAGAUCACGAACAAGAGUCGUUUUUAAUGGAAAAUGAGCAACAAAAAAAACUCUUAGGUUCUAUGUUUAGCUCACGAGUUCGGCUGCAAGAAACAGAUGUCCAGCAGAUAAAGCUGAAUGAAGAAGAAGCUCCAGUACAACGGAGUCCCGAUGUGGACCAGCAGGACCCAGAGCUACUUAUCAUAAAGGAGGAAGAGGAAGAACAGUUGGCCAGUCUGGAUGAAGAGCAGCUCAGUGUGAAGGAGGAGACAGAUGACACAGGGUAUUCAUUCACUGUGGUUACUUUGAAGAGUGAGGAUGACGAUGAAGAUCUUGUGUCCUCAGAAGGUGACGGAGAUCUUCCAGUUAGUUCACCUGACCACGUGGGAGGAGAUGUCAGCGAGGAGGACUGUGAUAAAGCAGAGACAAACCUAGAUUAUCAAGAUGAUUCCAGCUCCUCAGAGAUUGGAGUCGGUACGGAUGAUGACAGUGACUGGACUAAUCCUGACUAUCAGCUCAAAUGUGUCUCCGACUCGGAGUCAGAAACUGAAAACGAUGAUGAAGAUUGGAAGGAGAGUGGUGCUUCAGAGUCUGGUGUAAACACCACCAACACAAGCUUUAAUAAGAAAUGUUAUGGAGUGAAGAAAAAUGUUGAGUCACACGAGAAAGUCCAGACAAAACUGAAAUCCUUCAUUUGUGCUGACUGUGGUAGAAGGUUCAACAGGAAAACAAAUCUUAACAAUCACAUGAGAAUCCAUACAGGACAAAAAACAUUUAGCUGUGAUGUUUGUAAACAAAGUUUUAGCCUAAAGACAAGUUUAAACAGACACACAAGAAUCCAUACAGGACAGAAACCCUUUGACUGUGAUGUUUGUGGACAAACGUUUAGCCGAAAGGCUACUUUAAACAGACACAUAAGAAUCCACACAGGGGAGAAACCAUUUAGUUGUGAUGUUUGUCUGCGAAGUUUUGGAGAUAAAACCACAUUAAACUCACAUAAGAGAAAGCACACAGGGCAGAAACCAUUUGAUUGUGAUGUUUGUGGGCGAAGUUUUAGUGAGAAAACAAAUUUAAAUGCCCAUAUGAGAAUCCACACAGGACAAAAAUCUUUUUGUUGUGAGGUCUGUGGACAAAUAUUUAGCCAAAAGACAAAUUUGAACUCACACAUGAGAAUCCACACAGGACAGAAACCAUUUGAUUGCAUUGUUUGUGGCCAAAGGUUUAGUGAUAAGAAACAUGUGAAAAUACACAUGAGAAUCCACAAUGGACAGAAACCUUUUGGUUGUGAUGUUUGUGGAGAAAAAUUUAGCCAAAAGACGCAUUUAAAUUCGCACAUGAGAAUUCACACCAGACAAAAACCGUUUCAUUGUGAUUUUUGUGGUAGAAAGUUUAGCCAAAAGACAAACCUAAACAGACACAAGAGAAUCCACACAGGACUAAAGCCUUUUGAUUGUGAUAUUUGUGGGCACAAGUUUAGCCAAAAGAUAAGUUUACACAGGCAUUUCAGGACCCACACUGGAGAGAAACCAUUUUGCUGCGAUAUUUGUGGACAAGCAUUUAGCCGAAAAACGCAUUUAAACCGACACAUAGGAGUCCACGCAGGACAGAAAUAGUUCCAUUAUGAUGCCUGUGGUGUUUCAGUUACUUCUGUCAAGUGAAUGUGUGUUAGUUGAAUUAAUAUAGCAUGAAGGUACCAAGUUUUUACUGAUCAUUCCAUAUUUAAUGGACACCUACUUAUCCACAAUGGAGAAAAAAUUGACCAAAAGUCAAUUUUAAACACAUCUAUAAAAAUAUAGACACUGUUUGGUUAUGAGGUUUGCUGACAAAGUUUUAUUUUAUUUAUUUUUUUCAAAAGAUGCAAAUAAACACAACAGUCAGAGCCAUUCAUUUGUAAAUAUCAAGAAUAUUUCUUAAGAUACUGAAGAAUUCACACAGAUUUGAAGCUGUAGAUUCAGGGUUCGUUGAUGUUUUACAUGCUAAACUGAAUGUGAUUUUUUUUUAUAUUUGUUCAGGUUGAAUCUUACUUGCUCAUCUUGAAUAAAUGAUUAAAAAACUGAA